AUUUGAGAAAGAUGUCUACUCAAGGACUAUCCCUGAUUUUUACUCUGUUGUUUAUCUGCUUCUUCAGGGAGAGCUUCUGCAUUUGUGAUGGUACUACCUGGACAAAGGUUGGAUGGGAGAUUUUUCCAGAAGAAAUGCAUUAUUUGAAAGUUAAGACAGCUCCAUCUCACUGUCUACCUUACCCUCUGGACAAACUAUGCUGCAAUUUUGCUAAUAUGGAUAUAUUUCACGGUUGUUUAAAUCUUAUUUAUAUUUUAGUACAAGCUCUCUUUUUAAUCCUGUCUGUUUUGUCUGCACAUUAUCUGUGGAUGAAGUGGAAGAAACACAAAAAAAAGCUAAAGAAACAAGUCUCCUUGGAUACAACUGGUAACGAUCUAGAAACCCAGUCUGUCUAUGACAUUGACCAAAUACUCUGCAGACUGGUGGCCACAACAUCAAUGAUGACGAAGUACCUGAAUCAGAUGUCCCAUCACCCUCAGGCUAAGAAAGCCAAGCAUCGAAAACUAAAAAGAAAGAAGACUGAAGGAGGAGAAAAGGAGGCAGAGUAUACUAGACACAUCCAUACGCAAAUAUAACUCAGUCCACUAGGGAGACUACACAAGAAAUCUAUUGAGGGAAAUCAUGGAAGGACAAAAGUGAUUCUUUGAGAUGCUUUGUAAUUUUUUGGCUAAAUUCUUUACUGAAACUUUCCAACAAAGUCUGUACUGAAAAGUUAUUUCUAUUCAGCUAAAACAGCAUCCAUGCUUACUAAAAAGUACUAGGGGAAAGACCAUAUACA